CCGAUUCUUGCGGAAGUGACGCACCGACGCACAAACCGGAGCAAAACAUGUCCAUGUGAGAGCUGCGUGGUGUUGAGAAGCCCUCGUUUAAGUCAAAUAAACUUCAUUGUCGACGUGAGGAAAGACUUCGGACGUGCAGCAUGAAUGAACCGGGACACUAUCCUCCGCCGGACUUCAGCGGUCUUCCCUCGAACACGACCCAGCCCUUCCAGCACCAACAGCAGCCCCGCUCCAGCAGCUUCCACUCCAGCAUGUGGAGCUGGACCGAGACGCCGUUAGAGCCCGGCUGGGACCACAGCGGCCCGGCGGGAUGGCAUCACGGGCCAGCUGCAGGGUUUGGUUACCAGUCAGGUCGUGGAAACUGUGGACCUAAACGUCCAUACGGUCAAAACUUUGGUCGUGGGUGGCAUGAAGGUGGACAUCGAGACGGAAGACAGAAUUAUGGACCCCCUAACAACCACGGGAAGAAGCAGAAAAAUAAGAAGGAACCAGAGUAUUCGCAUUUUUGCGACACCUGUGACCGAGGCUUCAAAAACCAGGAGAAGUACGAUGAGCAUAUCUCUCAACACGUCAAGUGUUCAGUGCCCGACUGCCGCUUCAUGGCUCAUGAAAAAAUAGUCAGCAUCCACUGGAAAAAUAACCAUGCACCAGGAGCCAAAAGAAUCAAGCUGGACACAGCAGAGGAGAUCGCAAAAUGGAGAGAGGAGAGGCGCAAAAACUUUCCAACUCUUCAGAAUAUCGAAAAGAAGAGAAAAGUGAUGGAGGUGCGGGAGGAGACGGGAGCUGUUCUAGAGACAGCUCAGUUUGGACGAAUGAGAGGCAGAGGGCGAGGACGGGGUCGAGGUCGCGGCUGGGGUAACAGAGGGAUUCAUGGGCGGCAUCCUCAAGGCCCCCACCAAUCGAACGGCAGCGCUGCAGACACACCCCCACCCCUGACCCAGCGCUCCAUGGACGUGGAUCCACUGGGAGCGCUGGCCAGCAGUGACCAUGACUCUGACAGAGAGGACCCAGCUGCUGAGUCCAGAACUGGUGUCCUGGUUGUGGCUCCUAAACAGAUGAGCUCAGCUCUGGGCUCACUGGUGGCCAACUACGGCUCCAUGAGUGAGAGUGAAAGUGAUGAGCCAGAGGCCAUACCCAUCCAGAGAGCCAAAGACCUUGUGCAAGAAAACAAGGCCCUACUAAACUCGGUGGCACCAAACUCCCAGGACAGAGGAACUUCUUGUGUUCUGAAAUCUUCUCCUCAGGGUACAGAGGCUCACAGAGCCCCUCAGCAUGACUCUGUGGUUCACACACCUCACAGCAUGAGAGGAAGAAGGGCAAGGGGAGGCAGGGGAGGAAGGGGUGGCAGAGGAGGACACCCAGAGAGAUCGCAGACACGCCGUCCCACUCUGCUUGAGAUGUUACUGGCCCCAGACAUCCGCCAUGAGAGGAACGUCCUCCUGCAGUGCGUGCGCUACGUUGUCAGAAACAACUUCUUCGGCCUGGAGAGCAAAGCUCAAAACCAGGCGGGGAUGAGAGAUAAACCCGAAGCAGCCACCCCAACUGGAGAGCAUGAAGAAAGGCAGAAAGAGAAAGACAGUGCUGUGCCUCAAGAUGGCAAUCAGGAGGAUUUAGAAACAAGCAAAGCCAUUGUCGUGGACCAGAACUGUCUUGAGCAGGGCUUGCAGAGUGAUCAAGUAUGCUCAGAAGCAUCCGCAGCAGUAAGGGCUGAGCAGGCUGUAGGGGACUUCAUUCAAAAUGUUGAAGAGACGGCUGCCAAGGACUGUCACAGCCAGGAUUCAACAGCCACAGAUAAAAUCACAUGUGAAUCGAAUAUAUAUGAUGAUGAAAUAUGGGAGAGCCCUGGUGCUGUUAUGUAAAGUCUUUGUAAAAUAAUACAUUUGAUUCAUCUGCUUUUUGUUGUAAAGGUGAGACAUUUAUCUUCCAUAUGUUAGUUUGAUCAUAUGAAAUUUGUGUUUUUAUUUUUAAAGGCUGUCAUUUUUGUUUUACUUGAUAUUAUGUUAGUGUUACUAACAAAAUCAGUUAUUUUUGUAACAUGAAGGAAGAAGAUCCUUUUCUCUUUGGAAUAAAUCUCAACUAUUGAUAAAUUAA